AAAAAAAAAAGUCAUUUCCGGUGGAGUCACAAAGUGAGCCUGGAGGGGAUCAUAAUUUCAUUGAACAAAUGUUGCCACAUGUUCCUGCUGAGCACGACUCAUCUGAAAGCCCUCUGUCUUAUUAUUUAAUAAAGUAUCCUUAUUCUGAUUCUGACAUUAAACAGUCUGUAGAUUUAUCUACCAAAAGUAAAAAAGGCAGCAACUUUCUUCCUAAUACUGCACACUCAAUGAGAAACAGCUUCACAGGAGCAAAUAGCUCACCAGACAUUACUUUAAAACAAAUCUCUGUGGAACUUGGCAGUGAUUCUCCAAAUAUCCCUGUCUACACUUAUUAUUAUGAUUAUGUGGGCGCAGCACUUAAAUGUUGGUCUGACAUAGACUUUAACCUGCAUUUACCUGAUCGUCAUCCUAUCCAGACAGGAAGGGACUUUGGCACAGAUCCAAAACCUGAGUGUUACUCUUCACUGAGCCGCAAUCAUAAAACUGGGCAGCCUCCCCGUCGUCCCGACCGACAGUCCUCUUUGAUUAAUGAACCCUGGAAGAGAAAAUCCAGAGGCAUGAUUUUUAGAAGACAGAAGAUAAAUAAGACAAGUCCCUUUAGUAUUCCUUUUACCACUGAUGAUCCCCAUAGCUUAUUUUCUACGACUGAUUCCUCUGACUACAAGUUAGGUCGACCUCCACCUGGUUCCCUCACAGAAAAAGAAAUAAUAAAAAAUGAAGCAGCUUCUACGUCAGGAGUCAGUCAGGAUAAUACCAGGGAAAUGGAGCUGCAUGCAACACCUGGUCCUUCCACCCUUCAGUACCUCACCAACCCCUCAGUUCAUGUGCUUGGACAGACAAAAUUCUGUCCAAACAAAAAGAAAGAGAUGAUGGUGGACCCAGCUUCACUAACUCCUGUUCUACUGUCAGUAUACCGACCUGCUCUCAGUCCAUAGCCCCAAAUGUUGCUGCCCCUCCAUGUCCACAAGUCAGACCAGCAGUCCUCCAGGCCUCAACUGUCUGCACUGAAAGAAGUAGAACACAAGAUGCAUUUCAGUUUUCGCCUUUGCAUUCUGAAAGCCAACCAAUAGUUGUCAGUGAUGCUCCGAUGGAAAUAGAGGCACCUGUUACAGCUGUGAACUACUCAGUCACAAACACCCUGCCAGCCCAUUCUCUCCUCCAGAUCUUCUCCUCAGAUCCUGGUUGGAGUAGAAGAGACUCCAGCUGCCUGCCUCGUUCUCCCAGCAUGCCUUCACUGAGUCAAAUAACCUCUGAAAAGAACAAGACCUUAACACGAGUUGAAAGCUUACCUGAGAUUCUGUUAAAAACCAGCUUUGAGGAGUUUACACCUGAUAUCACUGCUGAUGAAAGCGAUGAAACCUACAGGUUCCAGUGCUCCUGCCCAGGCCUGUACCAGUGCAGUGUGACCGGCCUGGUGUUCCACAUGGAGGGAGAAGGGGACGUGGUCUACAGGAUUGUCCCUUGGAACAGGAGGCUACUGGCCCAGCAUCACAAGAAGCCUGCAGGACCCCUGUUUGACAUCAAAUGUCUGCAGCAGUCGGUGUGUCAGCUUCAUCUCCCACACUGUGAGAUCCGCUCCACAGGUGGAUGUGAUUUCUUGUCAGUUGCUCAUGUGAACGAUGAGGGCAUUGAGUUUAUCAGCCCUCAUAGGAUAACAGAAACUCAUGUUAUUAUAAACAUCACAGGGUUUUCUGGUUUCGGUAAUGUCAAGGAUGAAGAUUCACCACCUGACCCGGUCCGAGCGCUGGUUCUGCUGUUCUACAGGCCCCCAGCUGAUCCUGAUCUUAGAUCCCUCCUCAAUGUGUUGUUGCUACCGAGGAACGUUGUUCUCCAGGAUGUGCAGCGCAUCAGGAAGAAGUUAGUUGGAGAUGAGAACUACAUAGAGACAUCCCCACACUGUAAACUGUACCCAUAUCAGGAAUACUCUCUGUCCACUUGUCCUGAAGACGACUCAGUUCUAGUUCAACCAACAGAAGCAGAGUUUGACUGUGACAACUAUGACAACUUCUUCCCAUCAUUCCAGGUGAGCUUAGAAACAAUAAUGAAACACAUUAAGCUGUUUUUGAGGGACACCAACAGCUCCCACAGUGUCUGGGAAAGACGAGUUUGUCUAUCAUCCACCGGAGUAAGAAGGUCCUGUGGGCCGAGCGCUGUGAAUCUCCGUCCUGAUGACAGGCUGUUGGACAUACGGAGCAGCUUCAUCGAUGGGAUAUCAGGACCUGUUCUCAAAAGUCUGCUGGACAAACUGUUGGAGAAAAAGGUGAUGGCUGAUUCUGAGAGGGAGUCAGUGGACUCGAUGAAAAACACAAGAGACAAAGCUCGUUUUGUUGUCGACACAGUGAGGAAGAAAGGUGAAGCUGCUAGUUCAGAGAUGAUUGAGUUCCUCUGUGAGGCCGACCCGUUUCUCUGUGAACAUCUUGGGUUGAUCUGAAGCUAAAUGAACAGAUCCUGUGAAACAUAAUGAUUUAAAUCAUUAUCCUACACUUCUCGUCCAGACACUUCUCAAGGCUCCACCUGCAAAGAAACUGAUGUUAUGAAAAGGUGCAUGUAUAGAUUUAGCGCACUUGUUUUCCCAAAAGUCUUUACCUUCCAUAUUGUAUUGUGUGAGUAAUCAUUUUUAUUCUUCUUCUGUAAUUUGACUCUGGAGGAUCAACACUGUCAGCCUGAACCAAACAGUCAACUAUAACUGGUGAAGUAUCUCCAUCUACUGGACAUUUGAUGCAUAAACCCAAUGUGACUCAUGCAGAAGAUGGUUCCACAAUCUCUGCAUCCAGUGACAACAAUGCUGCAUUUGAUUUAGAUGAUCCAUCUGGAGGGACCAUGUGUUAUGCGUGGCUCACUGGGACAACUACUUUAUUAUUAUAUUACACUUGUCCUGCUAUGAGAUGUCAAAAUGUGACUGUAAGAAAGGUUUUUGUUAUUUCACAACACUACAUGACAUAGUACAUAUGGUAAUUUGAUAUGUUUAACUUAUUUACUCCCUCUCCGUUUUAUUUAGCUGCUAUGAGAUGUGAAUUUGUCAAUUAAAAACGUAUCACUUAAAUAGAUUUUUAUCUGUUAUUCAUUCCAUUUGUGCCUGUGUUGUUAUUUGACAUGUUGCUAUUAGAGUAUUUUGUAUUAUUCUCUCUUCUUUUUGCAUUCAAGAGUAUAUAAUAUUAUUAUUGAUAAUCAACUGUGUUUAUAACACACUUGUAGAAUUGUGUUUUAAAAUCCAAAAUAACUUUAUACUUUAAAAGAAUUUAAAGGAACACGCAGACUUAUUGGGACUUAAGCUUAUUCACCGUAUCCCCCAGAGUUAGAUAAAUCCAUGGUGUUAUUUUGUCACUUAUAUCCAUCUAGCAGUAGGCUAGAUGGAAAGGUAGGAUAAGCUAAAGUCUCAAUAAGUCAGUGUGUUCCUUAAAAUUGUUCACACGGGGGGGAGACAAACAGGAUUUUGUUUUGAUAAGUGGGGGGAACAUGUCCCCACCUCUAUGUGUUGUUUCUACAGAGGAACUGUAAUGUCUUUUUUUUCUUCUUCUUUUUGGAUUAAUUGCGUUAACUGUAAAAUGUUAAUAUGAUUUGUAUUUUUCAAAUGUUGUGUAAUCUCUGUGUGUGUAUGGUGUGUCAUGUGAUGUCGUAAAUUGUAUUGUCACACGACAGAUUGUAGGACCCCAGGAAGAAUAGCUUUUAGCUAAUGCUGAAGCUAAUGGGGAUCCAAAUAAAACAAACAAACAAACAAACUUGAUACAGAGCUUAUGAAAAGGUGCAUGUAUAGAUUUAGAGGACUUGUUUUUCUAAAAGUCUUUGCCAUCCUUAUUGUAUGUAUGAGUAAACAUUUAACUUUUUAUUCUCCUUCUGUAUUUUGACUCUGGAGGAUUAACACUGUCAGCCUCACAAUAUUUGCUGGCCCUUUAAAAAAGGGCGAUGUGACUGGAAAGUCUGCAUACCUAAAUCAUGUCACUCUUCAGUCUCGGCAUCAGCAAAGCACAUUGGAGCUUCAUUUAAGUAAAACAAAAGAGUUCUCCCCUCACAUGUCAUAAUUACUAUCCACCCACUUUAAACUUGUAGGCAGGUAGAAAAACCUGUUACACAAUGUGGAGGGUGUGGAGACAAAACGUAAUCACUGUAGAAACACAAUGACAGAGAACGUCCGUGUUUGAUAAAGAAGGGCUCAACAUUCAUCGCGGUAUUUAGAAUAUAAAAAGUUUGAAGAAUCAAGUAAUAACACACAGCUUGUGUGUUCAUCCAGCCACAACACUGGGUAUGUGAGCAAGUGAAACACUGAGGAGCCAAAAAGAAUAGAGUGGAUGAACAAUUAAAAUAAAACAUCUUGUACUAGCCUAUUAGAUGUCAAAAAAGGGGAGUGAAGUUCAUCUGCAACUGAAGAAGGAAGUCAAAAUCCGGAAAAAGGAAUAACCAAAAUGAACACAGAGGUCUUCCGAAGUGUCCAGAAAGUCAGACUUUUGACAGACACAAACACAGAGAUCUCCUGACUUCUGUUGCUCAUUGAGCUCCACUGACUCUGAUCGUGACCUUCGUGAACGCAGCAAAAUGGCGUCAGCUGUGAAACAUGAAAGAAGAGAAAGAGAAGAAUCAGGUUUCAGCAGAGCAGCCAGAAGUAUCAGGAGAGCCCU